UUUAAUUCAUUUUAUCUCGCACUGCCUCAUGUGUAAUUACUACUUACCCUUUCAAUUUUGACAUUUGUAACUUAUUACAACAUUUCGAUAAUUUAAUUAAUUAUACAUUUUUAAAUAAGAAAAAUAAUGGAAGGAUUACAUACUAAGUUCGAAGAUCCAAGUGUGAUAGAAAUACGGGGACUCUCGAUGGAUUUACCUGGGAGUUCUAAAAGUACUAAUCGUAAAAAACCUGAACAUAUGUCUAGUGAAGUCGUAGAUUCUAACCCUUACAGUCGACUAAUGGCAUUAAAACGUAUGGGUGUUGUUAAUAAUUAUGAAAGUAUACGAGAAAAAACAGUAGCUAUCGUUGGGGUGGGAGGAGUUGGUAGUGUAGCUGCAGAAAUGUUAACAAGAUGUGGUAUAGGAAAGCUAAUUAUUUUUGAUUAUGACAAAGUGGAAUUAGCAAAUAUGAAUAGAUUAUUUUUUCAACCGUAUCAAGCAGGACAUAGUAAGGUACAAGCUGCUGCCAAAACUUUACAAGAUAUUAAUCCUGAUGUAGAAAUUGAACCACAUUGUUAUAAUAUUACAACUAUAGAUAACUUUAAAAAGUUUAUGGCUACAAUAAGUACAUCAAGUCUAACAGAUGGACCCGUGGAUUUGGUCUUAAGUUGCGUGGAUAAUUUUGAAGCACGUCUGGCAAUAAAUACUGCUUGCAACGAACUUAAUCAAAUAUGGUUAGAAAGUGGUGUUUCAGAAAACGCAAUCUCUGGGCAUAUUCAAUUUCUUAUACCAGGAGAGACAGCUUGUUUUGCUUGUGCACCACCUUUGGUUGUUGCAUCAAAUAUUGAUGAAAAAACUUUGAAGAGAGAUGGUGUAUGCGCUGCAUCCCUACCCACAACUAUGGCUAUAGUAGCAGGCUUUUUGGUACAGAAUGCUUUGAAAUUUUUACUUAAUUUUGGAGAUGUAACAUGCUAUUUAGGUUACAACGCAUUGCAAGAUUUUUUUCCAACAAUGACGUUAAAGCCAAAUCCAAAUUGUGCUGACAAUUAUUGCAGGCAAAGACAACAAGAAUAUCAAGCAAAACCAAAAGUUGAAAAGCCUGUUGAAAAAAUUACUGACACAAAAACUUUGCACGAAGAUAAUGAAUAUGGAAUCUCCUUAGUUGAGGAAUAUGAAGAAGAAGAAAAAGAAGAAAAUGUUGAGUUAGUUAAUAUUGGCUUAAAACAAGCUUAUACCAUAGAACCAACUAAUUCUGAAAAUGAAGUAGCAAAUACAUCAGAAUUAAGCUUGGAAGAACUUAUGCAACAAAUGAAAUCUAUAUAAUGUUUGUAGACCUCGUGUAAAAGUGUCUAUAAAAUUCUACAAAAUGAAAUGUUAUAUACAUUCCAUGGUAACAAUAAUGACUGAUAGAAAAAAAAUACUAGUUCCAUAUUUGCAUUGUCGAAGAAUAAAAUUCUUACAAAACAUAGCAUUAAAAAUAAAUUUUAUAAAAUUAAUACAUAAAAAUAAAAAAGAAAUCUAAUUGUGGAAUAUUAGCUUAUAUAAUUUUAUUCAAUAUUUUAAUCAUACAUCAAUAGAAUAGAGUGAAUGUAAAUACGGAAUGAAGAUAUAAAACGAUAUAAACGUUAAUGUUUUUGAGCAAAAUCUGAACUUUCAAGAAUGCAUAAUAAAUUCUUGAAGUGAAAAUGACAUGAUGAUUGAUGAUAUCAUACAAUCAUAACAUUUUUUAAAGAUAGUACUAUUUGAAUACAAUUGAUGUAUUGUUUUUCCGUUAUCGAUAUCAGUUAACAGAUGAAUUUUAAGAUAAGUUUUAUUUUAUGAAAUAUUAUAACUACUAAUACAGAGGGACAAAUUUUAUAUAAAUACAUUAUAUAUUUCAACAAAGACAAAUAUUAAAACAAAUGUGAAAAAUAAAUGUUAAACAAAGCAAAAAAAGAAAAAGAACGGAUCCAAAGAGUUAGGUUUUAUGCUCGUAAAUUUUUUACUUUACCGUAAAUUUAUCCUAAAAUACAUCUGUGAAUUGACAACAUAAAAUAUUAAUCAAAUUUGAUACCAAUUAUUACUCUUCGUCGUCACGGGCUCCACCAGCUGGUGCUUUUGGACCUCCAGCACGCUUAGCCAUAAUAAUUUGAUCAACUUUAAGUACAGUACAAGCAACUUCUACUGCAUACUUAAGAGCCCAUUGCUUGGUAAGGAAUAGAUCUAAGAUUCCUGCUUGAACUGUCUCUAUAAGAGCAGUUCCUUCAGCCUAUAAAAUAAAUAUUUAUUUUUACUAACGAUUAAGUUCAUUUAUAAAUACAUAUAUGUUUAUAA